AUGGGGGGUCCAGCGGUUGCGAAGGAAGCGUUGGAUCGGGGAUCGGCCUCCCCGGGAUCGGAUCCCAGCUCUGUGGGGUGGAUCCGUGAAGGCCUGGUGUCUGUACAGGCCCCCCCAGGAGACUCUGUCUUCUAUAAUCCUGCUCAGGUUUUUAAUAGAGAUCUGUCUCUCUUAGUGCUGAAGGCCUUUGGAGUCAAGCAGCAGCAACUUAUUAAACACAGAUGCCUCCGCAGUCUCCGCUACUUAAAGGAGUUGGAGGGGACAGUUCGUGUUGCUGUUGCUAAUGACUUCGAUCCAGAAGCAGCAGCAGCUGCUGCAGCAAAUGCUAAACACAAUGGGGUGUCUACACAACGCUUUGUCGCGACAUGUGCAGAGGCGACCCGUUUGAUGCAUCUGCUAAGCCACCCACCAAUCAGCAGUGGAGUAUUAAAGAAAAUACAUAGUCUGCCUCCAGGUGCUGCAGUACCUGUCUCCUUUGACUUAAGCUGUCCCCCUGCAGAUCUCCCCCUUAUCCCUCCUCUGUUUAAACCCAUUCUUGCUGCUCCUCCUGCUGCAGCAGCUGAUGCUGCUUCUGCAGAUGCUGCUGCAGUGUCUGCUGUUCCUGCUGCAGCAGCUGCUGCUGCUCCCUCUGCAGCUCAUGCUGCAGCAGACCCUCCUGCAGCAGCAGCAGCAGCAGCAGCAGCUGGUGGGGGAGGAGAUGGUACUGUCCCUUUCUGGUUUGAUGUAGUAGAUAUAGACCCUUACGGUAGCUGUUCUCCUUUCUUAGAUGCUGCUCUAGGGCUCCUACGAAGUGGGGGGCUGCUGUGUAUAACAAGCACUGAUACAUCUACACUCGUAGGCAAUGCUAUGGAGACAGCUUUUUAUAAAUACGGAGGAGCCACAGCCAAACUCAGCCCCCAUCAUGAAGUCGCCGUCAGGUUGGUGCUGCAUGCUGUAGCUCAAGCAGCAGCAAAACAUCGAAAGGCAGUGCAGCCGCUGCUGUGUCUCAGUGUUGAUUUUUAUGUUCGUCUCUUUGUGCGUAUUGUGGAGUCUCCGGAGCAGUGCAAAUACCUGCAGCAAAAAGAAGCCAUGGUGUUUCACUGUCCCUCCUGCGAGGCCUUCACUGUCGCCCCCUUAGGAGGCCUCAGCAAACCGCAGCAGCGCAAAAAUGGCAAGAAAAACGCCGCACACAGUACGCAGCAGCAGCAGCAGCAGCAGCAGCAGCAGCAGCAGCAGGAAGGGGAGCAGCAGGAGCAGCAGGGGGAGUCGGGGAGUGGCUCACACGAAGGGAGUGCGGACGCAGAGUCUGUUGCGGAGGCGGAAAGCAGCAGCAGCAACAGCAGCAACAGCAACAGUAGCAACAGCAGCAUGAACGGCAGCAGCAGUUGCUGCAGCAGCAUAUGGGAUGAGGGUGUUUCAGGAAGCAGUGGAAGAAUGCGAUUUCGUGCUGCAGCAGUGCCAGAGGGUGUGGGGCCCCAGUGCAGCGAGUGCGGCGGCCGCUGCAUAAUAGGGGGCCCCCUGUACAGCGGGAGAUACUACGAUCCUGAGUUCGUGGAGUUAUGCCUGAAGGAGCUGGACACAGCAAAGGAGACACUUCCUGGCUUGACGAUGGGGGGCCGCAUCCGCGGUAUGCUGACAGCCUUGCGAGAGGAGCUGCCAGAUGUCCCCCUGCAUUAUCAACUGCCUUCCCUGUGUACGCGCAACAAACUGACAAUGGUUCGGCCUUCUUGCUUCAUGGCGGCCUUAAGGCGCUUAGGCUACUCUACCUCUCACUUUCACAGAGACCCACAGACAGUGAAGACAGACGCUCCUGCUAAUGUUGUCUUUGAUGUCUUGAGAACGCAUGCUUCUCGCUGUCCCCCAUCAAAUCUUUCUCGUUUCCCUGUCCUCACCAAACCCAUUCAGACAAAAGGCAUCGACCUGUCUCCUCCUUCUGCUGAAGAGGUGAAGAGACAUCCGGAGAAGCAUGUGCCUCGCUGGCUCCCCAACCCUACUCCCAAUUGGGGCCCCAAGAGCAGAGCAAGUAAACGCAGAGUCAGUACGGAGAAAGAUGAGGGCUCCAUGGGAACGAAGAAGCCUAAAGAGGGACAGCAGGCGCAGCAGCUGCAGCAGGAGCAGCGGCAGCAGUCAACUGUCUCCCCGCCUGCGGGAGAGGCCUCCAAGGGCCCCGCAGACAUGAACCCUCUACUCUAA